AUGAAGUUCCUCAUUUUUACUUGCCUUUUGGCUGUUGCUCUUGCAAAGGAGAACAAAUGCUACCAAUAUAGUCAGAAGUUCAAAACACCUCAAGCCCUCAAGGAUCUUUACCAAUAUCACAUUGCUAGGAAUCCAUGGGGUUACAUUGUGAACCCUGCCUUCCCCUUCCCUCAUGCUCUGCAAUAUAACCAGAAAAUGAACAUGAAUAUGCAAGCCAGAGAGAAAACGGCAAUGACUGAGGAAGAACAGACCAUCCAAGACUACAUGAACAAAGCAAAACCAUGCAGCACCAUCACCUGGCCUCAGUUUGUGCAGCUGCUUCAUCAAUAUGAGAAAAUUAUGAACCUACGGAGCUAUUACCCAUACACCCCCAGCCUGGUGAGUGUGCCAUGCGUAUUUUCAAUAUGA